AUGCUCUCUUCCAGACAAUUUCACUGUGCCCGAGCUGUGAGCCGGCGCUGGCCGCAGCUGUUGAGUCGUGCUAUUGGCGAAAUACGCCGCGCUGAAUACGCCGUGUCGGUCGGAACGGCGCUAAGCCGGCCUCGUAAUGGAAACGACCUUCGGGAGCCGGAUCGACAGCUCAAGACACGUCCAUUCGCCAGCGGGCAGAAACACGAAGGGGGUUGGACACCCACAGGAGAAGCCGAUGAUCUAAUUUUGAUUCUCGAGGAGGGGGCGAUCGAAAUCACACAAAUCCCACCCGAAGCGACGCAAGAUAGCCAAGAGGGUAAGCAUGAACAACGCAUCGAUUUUCUUUCCGUCCUUUCGUCAACCCUGGCGAAGCGUGAUGGAGAACUAUCUCGAAAGGGCGCCGUCAUAUUAGCAAUUGGCCUGUGGCUUACCAAGUACAGGAUUCAUUACGAAUUGGACAACGGCAACGGCCAAGGUACAUGUUGCCCGUGCGGCGGCGGCACUACCGACUAA